AUGGCACCUUACAAGGCUUUAUAUGGUCGUAGGUGUCGCAUACCUUCACGUUGGAUUGAGUUGGGCGAGUGGCAUGUUCUAGGCCCUGAACUAGUUUCUGAUACCAAGGAUAAAGUUAGACUGAUUCAAAACCGAUUGAAAGCAACAUUUGAUAGGCAGAAGUCCUACGCCGAUCUGAAGUGUCGAGAGAUUGAGUAUUCUAUGGGGGACUUUAUUUUUCUCAAGGUUUCACCAUGGAAGAAGAUUCAUGACGUGUUCCAUGUCUCUAUGUUGAGGCACUACCGCCUUGAUCUCACGCAUAUUAUUCUUGUUGAGGAGAUCAAGGUUGGGCCAGACCUGACCUUUGAGGAGGAGCCAAUUCAGAUUUUGAAGCAUGAUGUAAAGGUUCUGGCUCAGUUGGUUCCUCUUGCUCGCCUUGGUUCAGCUCAUGCACUCACUUUACUAACCUUUCAAGAUCAUGACUUGUAA